AUGACUUACGGACACACCGGAAGUCGUUCGUUUAGCUGACAGGCUGUUCGGUUGGACUCGGUACCGACCAUGGCCUCCAUCCUGGAAGAAUACGAGAACUCUUUGUCCCGUGAUAACUUCCCGAGCCAGAGCAGAGGCCCCGGCAUCCUUCUUUCUGGUUAUGUUAAUGCUCGCUUAGAGAAGGAGACGCCAAUAUUCAAUAAGCAACGGAUUGACUUCACUCCUCCAGAAAACAUUAAUAGCAUGGUGGUGUGUAACAAUCAGCUGUGCAUGAGCCUGGGGAAGGAGACGGUUCUCCGGAUUGAUCUGGUGAAAGCUGACCAGCCAAACCAAGUAGAACUGGGUCGUAAAGAUGAUUUCAAAGUUCACAAAAUGUUCUUGGAUCCUUCAGGAUCACACCUCGUGAUUGCUCUGAACACUAGCGAAUGCCUGUAUCUCAAUCGCAAUGCCCAGAAAGUUCGUCCACUUUCCCGAUGGAAAGGCCACUUGAUUGAAAGCAUUGGAUGGAACAAGUUUCAGAAGAAUGAUACUACCACAGGACCUAUAGUAGUUGGCACUGCGCAGGGUCAAAUAUUUGAAGCAGAAAUCUCAACCACCGAAGGUGGACUUUUUGGCACAAAUCCUGAUCAGUAUUUUCGCUAUCUUCACACAUUGGAAGAAGAGACUGGACCUGCUCCAGUUUGCUGUCUAGAAAUCAACUGCGGAUAUGAAAACCGUUAUUGUGUCAUUGCAACUACUCGGAAAAGGCUUUUCCAGUUUGCUGCCAAAAUAACGGAAGGCACUGAGCAACAGGGGUUUGCACCACUUUUUAACCAGACUAUGGAUGACCUUCCAAGCAUCCAGGAAUUUCCAGGUAAUCUUGGAUAUAGUGAAAUAGCUUUUUACACUCAAAAACUUCGGACCUACCCAAUGUCAUUUGCUUGGAUGAUGGGAAACGGUGUGCUUUAUGGCAAUUUGGAUUUUACUCGACCUGACUCGGUAUUGACUGAUGUCCAAGUGUGGGAGUACCCUUCUAAUGUUGAAAAGCCCAUAUCCAUUGUCAUUACGCAGUUUCAUUUCUUGCUCUUGCUUCCUGACCGAGUGAAGGCGAUUUGUACUUUAAAUGGCCAGGUAGUGUUUGAAGACAUUUUUACUGAAAAGUUUGGCCCUUUGAAAAGGAUGGUGAAGGAUCCAGUUAUAGGCCAGAUUUGGAUCCACACAGAGAGAGCCGUCUUCAGGUACCACGUUGAACGUGAACCUAGAGACGUUUGGAAGAUGUACAUGAACAUGGGCAAGUUUGACUUGGCCAAAGAGUUUUGUAAGGAUCGUCCUGAAUGCAUGGAUAUGGUGUUGGCCAAGGAAGCCGAGCACUGCUUCCAGAUAAAGAAAUAUAAAGAAAGCGCCAAGUGUUAUGCUCUCACUCAAAACUACUUUGAAGAAAUAGCUCUGAAAUUUAUUGAAGCCAAACAGGAGGAAGCACUUAUGGAGUUCCUCUUAAAAAAGCUGUCUAAUCUGAAGCCUACAGAAAAAAUACAGGUCACACUACUUACAACUUGGUUAACGGAGUUGUACUUGAAUCGCCUUGGAGCAUUGGAAAGCGAUUCCUCAAAAAGAAGCUUGUACCUGAAGACGCGGGAGGAGUUCAGAACUUUUCUCAGCAGCAAAAUAAAUAGGGAAUGCCUCAGUAAUAACCGUGCAUCCAUAUAUGAUCUUCUGGCCAGUCAUGGAGACACAGACCAUAUGGUUUAUUUUGCCGUACUUAUGGAAGACUACGAAAGAGUAGUUUCCCACCACUGCCAAAAUGAUGACUACGACGAAGCCCUCAAUGUACUGUCUAAGCACAAAGACAAAAACCUCUUCUACAAAUUCUCUCCUGUACUGAUGCAGCAUAUUCCCCAAAAAGUGGUUGAUGCUUGGGUCAAAAUGGGCAAGAAACUUGACCCAAAGAACCUCAUCCCUGCCCUUGUGAAUUACAAUCAAAGCGCAUGCACUCAGAUAAAUGAAGCCAUUAGGUACAUGGAGUUCUGUGUAUAUGAACUUUGGGAAACUGAACAGGCCAUUCACAACUACCUGUUGUCUCUGUAUGCUCAGUUUUUACCCGAUUCUCUGCUUAUAUACCUAGAGAAAGCUGGCACUAACCCCAACCGAAUUUAUUAUGAUCUAAAAUAUGCCCUGCGCCUAUGUGCCGAACAUGAGCACCAUCGUGCCUGUGUCCAUGUCUACAAAGUUAUGGAGCUCUAUGAAGAAGCGGUGGACCUUGCUUUAAAGGUGGAUGUGGAUCUAGCCAAAUCCUGUGCAGAUUUACCAGCCGAUGACGAAGAACUCCAGAAGAAGCUGUGGCUGAAGAUUGCUCGCCAUGUGGUUCAAGAGGAGAAGGAUGUGAAGAAGGCCAUGGUUUGUCUAUCUAGCUGCAACCUUCUUAAGAUUGAGGAUAUUCUUCCAUUCUUUCCAGACUUUGUGACCAUUGACCACUUUAAAGAAGCCAUUUGCAGCUCCUUGCAAGCUUACAACCAGCAUAUUGAGGAGCUUAAGCAAGAAAUGGAAGAUGCUACAUUGAGUGCUAAGAGAAUACGGGAAGACAUUCAAGAAAUGAGAAAUAAGUACGGUUCGGUGGAUCCUCAAGAUAAGUGUUCUGGCUGUGACUUUCCCCUUUUGAAUCGCCCCUUUUAUCUCUUUCUUUGUAAUCACAUGUUCCAUUCAGAUUGCCUCAUACAGACAGUUUACCCCAACCUCCCACAAUAUAAACAGUUUAAGAUGGAAGACCUGCAGAAGAAACUGGCGGCUGCAGCCCAGCCUUCCAAAAGCCGCUCCCAUGCAAAGGAAGAGGACAGUAGAAGUCUGGAGAAAGGGCAGAAAAGCCGCGAACAGAUUAAAGCCGACCUUGACGACAUUAUUGCAGCUGAAUGUCCUUUUUGUGGUGAACUGAUGAUCCGAUCCAUUGACAAGCCCUUUAUAGAUCCACAGCGAUACAAGGAAGAGAUGCUCAGCUGGCUGUAGGACCUGUUUGUAAGGUUUUAGUGAAGCUAGGCCAGGACCUGGGUCAGCUUUGUAAACCUUCUCGUCUCUUAAGAGUAUGGCCACACAGGGCAGGUUUUGCGCAAUUCCGUGAUGGGGAUUUGACAUGCAUUUCAGCCUAUGUAUUGCAGAAGGUGAAAUGUUUGGUGGAUAACCGCAGCAUAAAUUGACAUACUAGGAAUGUAAAAUACGCACCGCAGGUCAGUUAGUGAGUGGAUGAGCUUUCUUAAAAUCUCAUCCACCAUGCAGGUAUAUUAAGUCGCUGCGGAUUUGUUAAGUCGCAGCGCUAAUUCUGCAGCAUUUUGGUCCCAGGUGGACAUAGCCUAAGAGAAAAAUGAACUCUUGUCAGGGUUGAUGCCUAUCUACACUGAUUUGCAAAAUCCAAAACAAUUGGGGGGCUCCCUUGUGAAAUACCUUAGGAUUCCCCGAUAAGGGUUCAGGGUAGAAUACUUUACCAAGUCAUGUUGUGCAAAUUCAGGCACAACACUAGAGGAUAGCAUGGUCUCUCUGCUGCUGCGCUAGUUUCCAAGGAUCGUCCAGAUGGCGUCCAGAAUACAAAUAGGAACACGUUCGCUCAACAAGGAGCAGAAAAAAAAAAAAACGCGUGCUUCUCUACUAUCUAUAUAAGAUUGUUUGUUAGAAACAUACAUAAAAUAAUACAAAUAAGAAGCUGAGACAGCAUGAUAAAGGUGGCGGCUUGCCACUGAAACGCGUAGCUAGCUUCUUAUUUAGGGUUUAUGUAUGUUUCUUAAUAAACAAUCUUAUAGAUAGUGGCGCAGCGCGCUUUAGUUUUUUUCUGCUCCUUGUUGAUGGAACACUUUCCUGCUUACACUGCUUUCUGACCAUCGGAAGGCUUCUGGCAUGUUCUUCUAUGGUUGUCUGCAGCGAUACCAAUUCGAUACACAGUUUGUCACCUGAGUAAUGUCACUGGGACACUCCACACUUUUUUAAUCAGAUUAAACUGUUUAAUAUUUCUAUAAUGAUGGUUGUCAUCAUGUAUGAAUUGCUUGUGGAAAUGUUUCGAUCUUGUUGUUUUGAGAGCUUUUUAUAUCUCGAUGAAAACACAAGUCACAUCUUUAGUGACUCUUAAUCUUUGUCUGUUUGCGGAUUGAUUUGCAUAGAUCCAGCUGAAUGUAAAAUACAGCACAAUUCCAGAUUUUCUUUAGUAUCUUCUUUUUUUUAAAAAAAAUUCUGAUGAUGAAUCUUACCUGGAAUGGACAAAAAUGAGAUACUUUUUGGCAUGCUGUGGUAUCUAAGCCUUCAUUAUCUUCCCCUCAUCUUUGCUACUGCUUCUCAAUAAUUACACUGCGAAAGAUCAUAAUAUGUAAUAAAUUAUGUUUCAAUCUCA